UCCUCAGUUUGAAGAAGGAAUCAGGACAACAGUGUUUGUGUGUGAGAGGAGAGAGAGAGGGAGCGUAUGGAAUCACUGUAACUCAAGGCAAGUGAGGGUGCAGCCGCAGCAACAUUUGCUGCCAUGGACUGAAGGGGGAAACCCUCCUCGGCGCCACCUGCAUGCACAUGGAGCGGAGCGGCACAGAAAAACAGCUUUAACGCACUCAGCCUUAAGCGACACUUGACUUUGCAUAGAGAGCUGCGUUUCCUCGAGCCCAAGGAGCAAGGCAUCAGCACUGGGGAUUAUCCAGAGCUUCUACAAAGGCUCAUACAGGUGCCAAGUGUGGCCAACUUCACCGCACCGCCUGCACUGACGUGCUCAGCGCGUUUAGAGUGAAGGCAGUGCGCUGCGUUGUUUUUGACGUGACAUGUCGCUGCGCCGCUGUGCACGUGUGGCCACAUAUGACGCAUUUGCGCCUUUAACUGUUUGUCAAGCGUCGCUGCGAGCGCCGGAGUGUCGCCUUUUCGGUCAACUUUCCGUGCUGAUUGGUACGUUCGUCGCGUCCGCCUGGCUUAACUCGCGCGUUUCUGUGUAGAGCCUCCCAGAGCCCGGCUCGGUGCAGAAGUUAGUUGGGAAUAACAGGCUAAUAUUAUUAGUGCGCAGCGCAGAGGACGGAGAAAAGAAGUGACAGCGACGUUCAGGCGGCUGAAUUUACCGCCAGUAUCAUCAGCAUCUCUACUGCUGCUGCUCACACUUUCGGUUUUUUAUAUUUAUUUAUUUAUUUAUUUAUUUAUUUAUUUUGAUGCAGAAGCCUGUUCGUGAACCCAGGUCCUGAAACCACAGCUGCGUAAACUUGGCCAGAUCUGGUGACGUGUGUGUGUGUGCGCGCGUGUGUGUAUGUGAGUGUGUGCGUGCGCGCCCGCGUGCUGAGCAGACUGGACGGAUAUGCGGCUCACCGAGGGAAUUUGAAAAGCAAGGGGGGGAUUACUAUCAGUCCCUCUCCUAUUAUAACCUCAAAAUGGAUGCCGACGGCAGGCUUUGGAGACGCCACUGGAUUAGCUACUGUCCCGUUGAUCUGCUUGACGUCUGAGCGGUACAAGGGUUCAAAGUUUGGAUAAUCUGAAAGGCUGAAGGUGUAGGAUGCAGUCCGGAGUGAAGACGCUCUCCGCAGGUGGAGGUGCGUCACUCUGUUGCCUACUGCUCCUCUGGCUCAUCUACUCCCAUCUGCUCAGAGAAGGCCAGUUGGCGGUGGGAACCUGUGAGAUAGUGAUGCUCAACAGAGACAGCAGUGUUCCCAGACGGACCAUUGCCAGGCAGACGGCCCGCUGCGCCUGCCGGAGAGGCCAGAUCGCCGGCACCACCAGGGCAAGGCCGGCCUGCGUAGAUGCGCGAAUCGUACGGAGCCGGCAGUGGUGUGAGAUGGCUCCCUGCCUAGAGGGGGAGAUCUGCAGCCUCCUGUUCAACCGAUCCGGCUGGACCUGCACCAGGGGCAGUGGUCGCAUCAAGACUGUCACGCCUUUGCCCAAGGAGCCAUCGUAGGAUGCAGAGGGAAACGGUUUAUUGACACCCAUGUUACAAAACGAACUGAGGCAAAUCACUUCUCCCAUACAUUGUGUCCAUUCACCAACAAGACUAUCAAACUUCACACCAGGCCAGACUUUCAAAUUUAAAAAAUAUCCAGAGAUUCUUCAUUUACUGCAACAAGAGACCGUUGGCAGGUACUUCUGAAAACUUUGAGAAGCUUCAAGGGAGCAGCAUGGAACACCAUCAGCACUGAACUUUGACCACAGCCAAAUUCAUCAACAUAUCACAGAACAAGAUCUCUGUGAGGAACAGUCACCAACAGAGCAGGCAGUGGAAUAUUCAUCCAAGGACUUGACCUUUAGUAUUUUUGAUUUUUCUUCUCCACUGCCCAGUCUGCAGGGGAUAGCUCCUUGAAGAUUUUUUUUGUACCUUUGUGGCUUGAUUUGGACUUGUCAGAACGUCUUUCAGAAGUCAUCCCCUUCAUCUUCUUGACUAUCACCGCUAUGAGGCCAUCCAAGGUUAUAUCCCAGCCAAGUUUCUGUAAUGAAAGUUUGCUGCUGAAGAAUUGUGACUUUACUGAGGCUGAGCCAGGCCAUAUUGUCCAUUGGGUUCUAGCCUUUACUACGUUUCUCUCAUUUGGCUGGGUGAAACUUUACAGGGCUGUAGCUGCCAAAAUCUCUGCAUAUACAUGAAGGACACACUAGAGAUUGCAUGAAAGUCACAGAAGAGAUGACAGAGAUGAGUUGACUGUCUUUAACCAGUGAAUGAACAUUGUGUUGGUGAAAUGUGGACAUUUUGGAUGACUUAGCUUAUAUAUUAUCUUUUUUAUGUGGUGCCAACAUAGACUAGAGGAGUAGUUUUUGUCAAUGAACCUCACACAUCUUGUACACACCACUGGGAGCAUUUAGUAGAUGUGGACCUCCGACUCAUUUUACUGUUUUUUUGUUCAGUGUGUGUGCACGUGCGUGUGUGUGUGUGUGUGUGUGUGUGUGUGUGUGUGUGUGUGUGUGUGUGUGUGUGCAUCUCUCCAUGUGUGAAUGUGUGCGUAGGCUUUUUCCGUAUGUCCGAGUGUCUGUGCACAUCCAGAGAUACACUGUGAAAUAAGUCAUAUCCAGUGCAUUAUUCAUACUCUUGUAUGUUUUUGGGACAUGUCCAAACCAGAUAUUGCAAUCUGGCGAAAAGAAACAUUUGGGAUUUUACAGAUGUUGGAUCUCAUUUGAAUCCUGGGUUUAUCUUUACUUUCUUGUCUUUUCUUUAGUACAUAGAGAUAUUUAUAUGGGGAAAAUAUGAUGAAAACUGGGGAGACGUGAUAUAAGUUAAAUUCUGUAAGUAAAAUCAAUUCAUGUGAUUAAAUGUAUUUCAGAA